AUGGCAGCAAUAAUGACCAGGCGAAUUAUUGCGGAAGAUGAUGAGUGGACGCUUCAGACGGUUCCGUUUCUAAGACAGAUUGCUCUCAAAACUAUUGUUGCUAAUUGGAAUGAUUUUCCUCACUUUUCCGAGCUGCCGGGCGAAAAGGAACGAUCGGUACUCGUCGAAAAGCUCGCCCUCGACGUUCCACUUGAGAAAGCUGUUUUGAUAGACGACAAUACGUACUGGAAACGGCGGGCGGAUGAGAUUUGGCCAGUUUACGAUAUCGCUCGAUAUGGCGGCUCCUAUAAGCGAAUGUUCUUGGAAAAGACGCUGGAAGAGGCAAUCGAGCAUUUUGUCCCUAAUCGAAGCGAUAUCGAUGAAUUGCGAAGAGUUGUAAACUUGGCCAAAUCGGAAGUGAGGCGACUCAACAUCGAGCAAAUUUUACCCCCGAUUCCGGACAUCAAAGAAAUUAACGAAGAAGACGACGAUGAGGAAGACAGCCCUAGCCAUAUGGACUUGUCGCCCAUCGUCGCGGAAUUGAAAAAACUAGAAGAAUUCAGCAUCCAAUUCCAGGUCAAAAACGUCGGCAUGAAUUUCGAGUGGGGCUUUUUCACGUUUACGCAACACGAUGCUUUAAUGAUUUCUUCGACAAUGGGAACUUGUCCACAGCUGAAAGUACUUCGACUGACGGAAUCGCGACUGGACGAUGGAAACGCUCGGAUCAUCAUCAAAUCUCUUCUCAAACAUCCGAACCUUCGCGUCUUGGACUUGCGAAGAAAUCAUCUCAGAUGCUCGGCUGCGAGGGCGAUCGGAAAGCUUGUAUCGACGAAACUGAAUUUAACGCAAAACUUUAUCAACGAUAUCGGUGGAGAGCUCAUUUGCGACGCCCUCGAAAGCAACUCGACCCUGACGAACUUGCAUAUUGCUGCGAAUAAUCUCGGAGAGGGAUUUGGAAAGGCACUUUCCUCUGUGCUGUCGAAGAAUGAAACGCUUGAAGAAGUGUUGCUUGCUUCUUGCAAUAUUGGGGAAGAAUCCGGCAAGAAUCUUCAACACGCGAUGCGGAGCAACUCGACUCUGACUUCGAUUGACUUGAGAUUGACAGGAGUCACGCCUGAUUCUGAACAGGCGAUUCUCCUCAAAGUUGAAGAAAAUCAAACGUUGUAA